AUGAGCCUGAUGCUGGAGACGCUGCUGGGCCCCCCGGGGGGGCUCCGCAAGGAGCCGGGCCGCGUUCCCCCGCGCUCCGCCGCCUCCAGCGGCUUCCACUCGUGGCCGGGACCGGUGGUGGGGCGGGCUCGGGCCGGGGGCGGUGGCGGCGGCAGCGCGGCCGCUUCCUCCACCGAGAGCCUGGACUCGCUGAACGGCGAACCGCGGGCCAGGAACGAGAAGGAGCUGCUGCAGGUGCUGAACGAUCGCUUCGCCGGUUACAUCGAGCGGGUGCGGGCGCUGGAGCAGCAGAACCGGGCGCUGGCGGCGGAGGCGGCGGCUCUGCGGCAGCAGCAGGCGGGACGCUCGGCCAUGGGCGAGCUGUACGCGCGGGAGCUGCGCGACAUGCGGGGAACCCUCCUGCGCCUGGGGGCCGAGAAGGGGCAACUGCGGCUGGAGCGGUCGCGCCUGGCCGAGGACGUGGCCGCCUUGCGGGGACGGCUGGAGGAGGAGGCCCGGCAGCGAACCGAGCUGGAGGCGGCCGCCCGCGGGCUGGCCCAACGCUCCGCGCAGGAGGAACGGGCUCGGGGCCCCUUAGAGGAGCGAGCCCGAGCCCUGCGGGAGGAGGCCGAGCUGCUGCAUCCCCGGCACAGUGCAGGCACAGGCGGAGCGAGGGCUGGUGAAGGCAGCGCACCCAGGGAGCCCCUGCUGGGGCUGGCUCUGUUGAGGACACACACAGGGGGGUGUGCAGUAUUAAAGGAUUUUAAGUUCCCCAAGAAGGGGAGACUGCAGCCUCCCUCCCUGCAGCUUUUCCUUUCCUCUGUUGCAGUGAGGCUGGACAAGCUCUCGGAGGUUGCCAAGGUGAACACGGAUGCCAUCCGCUUGGCUCAGGAGGAGAUCUGCGAGUACCGCCGCCAGCUCCAGUCCAAGACCACCGAGCUCGAAGCCCUCAAAGGGACCCAGGAGUCACUGGAGAGGCAGAGACAGGACUCAGAGGAGCGCCAUCAUGCAGAUGUCCUGUCCUACCAGGAAACCAUCCAGCAGCUUGACAGUGAGCUGAGGAACACCAAGUGGGAGAUGGCAGCUCAGCUCCGGGAGUACCAGGAUCUGCUCAAUGUCAAAAUGGCUCUGGACAUUGAAAUUGCUGCCUAUAGAAAGCUCUUAGAAGGGGAGGAAUAUCGGAUCGAGUCUGGCUUUGGGAUGCUCUCCUUCCCCGAGGUAGUUCCCAAGGCUCCCAGCAUCACUGCCAACAUCAAGGUGAAGAGUGAGGAGAAGAUCAAGGUGGUAGAAAAAUCUGAGAAGGAGACAGUGAUUGUGGAGGAGCAGACAGAGGAAAUCCAGGUGACUGAGGAGGUCACAGAGGAGGAGGAGGCGGCUGAGAAAGAGGCUGAAGAGGAGAAAGCUGAAGAGAAGGAGGAAGAAGAGGAGGAGAAACCUGAAGCAGAGGGUGAAGAGGAGGCUAAGUCUCCUGCAAAAGAGGAGGCCAAGUCCCCAGAGAAACCUGAGUCUCCCUCAAAGGAGGAGGCCAAGAGCCCGGCUGUCAAGUCCCCAGAAAAACCUGCAACCCCCUCAAAGGAAGAGGCCAAGAGCCCGGCUGUCAAAUCCCCAGAAAAGCCUGCAACCCCCUCAAAAGAGGAGGCCAAGAGCCCGGCUGUCAAAUCCCCAGAAAAGCCUGCAACCCCCUCAAAGGAAGAGGCCAAGAGCCCGGCGGUGAAGUCCCCAGAGAAACCUGCACCCCCCUCGAAAGAGGAGGCUAAGACCCCAGCUGUGAAGUCUCCUGAGAAAGUCAAAUCUCCUGUGAAGGAGGAGGCCAAGUCUCCACAGAAGGAAGUGGCCCCGGCCAAGGAGCCCACCCCCUCGCCCCCAAAGGAGCCGAAAGCCCCUGCAAAAGAAGAGCAGCCGAAGGAGGUGAAGGCUCCUUCCAAGCCUGGAGCUGAGGAGGGCAGGAAAGAAGAAGCUCCCAAGAAAGAUGUCCCAGCUAAGGUGGAGGAGAAGCCCAAAGAGAAGGCGGCUGCUGUGCCAGAGCCUCCAGCCCCACAGGUGAAGGAGACCACCAAGCCGGGCCCCAAACCUGCGGAAGAAGGAAAGGCUGAGAAGGAGGCUCCGCCAAAACCUCAGCAGGAGGUCAGCAAAGCGUCUGCGAAGGAGGCUGAGAAGCCAAAGGCUGAGGAGAAGGCGGAGGAGCCCAAGAAGGAGAAGGCGGAGGAGCCCAAGAAGGAGAAGGCGGAGGAGCCCAAGAAGGAGAAGGCGGAGGAGCCCAAGAAGGAGAAGGCGGAGGAGCCCAAAGCUAAAGCAAAACCCAAAGAUGAGCCCAAAGCCAGUAAAGAGUCCCCCAAGGCCGAGGCCCCCUCCAGCAAGGAGGCCAAAGCCCCAGAGCCGGCACCCGCCGCAGGGAAGAAGUGA